AAAUGGCUGACCAGCUAGCAUCUUAAAAGGCAUUACUAUUGAAUGGCUUGCAAGCUAUCAGUGUUAGUACCCAAGAGUAUAUAGUGACAUUUGGGAUGUUGCUGAUCCUAGCAACUUUCUUAAAACUUAAGUUGGUGGUUUGUGUGGGUGUACGUGCAGUAAUCUGAGUACUUGACAGAGAAGACAAUCUGGAGGACUGAGCCAAGUAUUUUCUACUUUAUUAGAAAGUAAAAUAAUGUUUAAAUUGCAGUGAGGAAUUUUGGGUUUCUAAUGUGUUCUCAGAGUGAUUUUGUGAAUUUUGGGCAUUACUGCUUUAUCACCACUAUUGAAUUUUCCCCCAUCAAAUGGUUGUUGCUCCAAAGCAGCAGCUCCUUUUAAACUUAACCAAGUUGGAUGGACUGAACUCCUCAGUUGACCAAAACUCUGGCAAGUGGGGCAUGGAAGAAAGUGAGAAGUAAAAUAGAAAUUUACCUUAAAAAUCCUUUCCCUUUUUAGUGGGAUUUGCUCAUGUGAUUUCCACACUUUGUUUCUGCUGUCACUGGUGAGAACCCCAAAUACAAACUUGUUGCUUUACCUGUAUAGAGGUAAAAGGAUUCUGUCAAGACCAUGCACGCGGUUGGCUGUGAGUACCAUCGAUGGGAUCACCUGGAUGAUCCGGUGUUAAAUAAGGAUGGAUCCCAAACCCUCCAGAAUAGCCCGAAGAGUCCCUGUUGUAGCACCAAGCCCUCUGGCAGCAUCUUCAUCAGGGACAAGACGCCUGUAUGAGAGCCGAGAGAAUGGCCUUCCUGACUCUUUUGGGACGAGAGACACUUCAAAGAAAUUGGAAGCGGAGUUUCAGUCAACUCGGUUGCACCAGAAUUCCCACCAAGACUUCAAUAUUAGUGACUCGGAGCACAGUGAACACCUUUUGAAAUUAUCUGCUGCUGCUUCAACUCACAGUUCAAGAGCAUAUGAAAGACCAUGGUCUGUGGGGCUUUCAGGGAGCAGAGGUAGAAUGUCCUCCACAACUGAGACUUGCUGCUUGUCUACGCCUUUACCUUUACCGUCUAGCUUGUACAAUGAAACUGAGAGACUCCCAGGAACAUCCACAAGACUAACCCAGUCUCAGAUCAGUGAUUCCAAGAGACCUAAACUGGCAUCGACUUGUCCUCCCAGUAACAGCAACAAUUGCUUGAGUAACAAUCCAGAUUCAGUAUGGAGAUGCAGCCAGUUUCCAAGAUCAUCAACUCUGCAGUUUAGUUCAGCAUCUACAACAGGAAGCAUCAAUGAAGGAAUAGAAAUGGAAAGACCUAAGUCAAGUGUUGGAGACUGCAGUUACAGGAACAGCAGCUCAUCAUCAUCAUCGUCAUCAUCAUCAUAUCUUCAAGAGAGAUUUCUUUCCUCCUAUGCACAAGGUGCAAGACCAAGAGACACGUUGUUUGGGUCUUUACGACGCACCGCAACAAGCUUAAAUCAUCCAACACUUUCCACACCUUUAGAGACCCAGUCUACAUUUUCCAAGGAUUCAAGCAGAAGUUCUCCCAGAUCUUCCGGUGGCGGUAGCUCUUUCAGGGAGGUUGAAACACCACAAACAAGUAUAGAGUGUGACUUUAUGCAUGGCAGAACGAGACCUAGGGUUUUAGAAUCGGGAACUUCAGAGAGGAGAAAUGCAUCUUUAUUGCAACAAAGGCAACCCAACUCUUCCACAGAGUCUGGUAGCAGGUGUAGACCAAGACAGUUGUUGUCACGUCUGGCAUCCAGUGUGACCUCUACUUUCUCUGGUACCAGAAGAUCCAACCAGGAACAUUCAAAUGCAAGGUCUUUUGAAACCAGACAUUCAUUUGGGCAAUCAGAUGCUGUACUAUUAGAUGGAAGACCUCAAAAUUCUUCUCAGAUUGGUAGUGCUGGCAGAGCAGUUAAUACUGAUAUUUCACACAACAGAUCCUCAGAAUCUUCUCAGGGAUUUGGAUUUUUGAGGUGGAGAAGAACUGCUUCAACAAGUACUUCACAGUCUCAAAACUUCGAUGCGGGGAGAGAAAGUUCAAUGAGUUCAAGGCCAGAUGAUUUGGAAGAUCGAAGUACCGCUUCAUGGCUGUCGUCUUCAUUACGCAAUCGCUGUACACCUCUCUUUAGCAGAAGGAGACGAGAAGGAAGAAAUGAAUUUGCAAGAAUGGCUGUUGCAAGUUCUACUAAUGAUACCAGAACCGACCGAUCACCAAUCCUUCAAAGAGAAGUUCGAAUGUUUGGGGACUUGAGCAGACAACCCCCAAUCUUUGCCCAGGGAGCUGCAGCUGCUGUUUCAAGUCCUUUGGCCUCUCCUGCUGCGAGCAACAUCUCCUCUGCUUCAAGUCCUGCAGAUUCUGGGCUAGGAGCCUCUCCUAACAGAAUCAAUUCAGGAAUUGCAAGGAUUUUUCCUAAUUCUGUGAUUCGUCUUUCAAUGCCGUUUGACCUUGGCGAUGGGCUGACUGACAAUGUAAUGAUUGCAGUAGAUUUCACUAGACCCUCUAGAAAUCCAGUUGAGUCUCAACAGCAAGAGAAACAAAAGAAAGAAACUGUAUCAUCAAGGGAUCCAGAAAAACUCAGACAAAUACAAGAGAGCUUACUAUUAGAGGAUUCUGAUGAAGAUGAAGGUGAUCUCUGUCGUAUCUGCCAAAUAGGAACAUCAUCCUCUUCUAAUCCUCUAAUACAGCCAUGUAACUGCAAUGGCAGCUUGCAGUAUGUGCACCAAGAGUGUGUGAAAAAAUGGUUGCAGUCCAAAAUAAACUCAGGUGCUGAUUUGACUGCUGUAACCAUCUGUGAAUUGUGUAAGGAGAAACUGCAGCUGGACUUUGAAGACUUUGAUGUACAUGAGUUAUACAGGGCACAUGCAGUUGAACAGGCACAGUAUGACUUCAUUAGUUCAGGUCUCUACCUUGUUCUGUUGCUUCAUCUGUGUGAACAGAGAUUUUCUGACAUGAUGGGUGGUACAAGUGAGACGAGGACUAGACUUCGGUUCAUCCACCUGGCAAGAACCCUUCAACAGCACAUACAGGAUCUUGAAACCACAGAUGAGGAUUCUGAAGAUGAGCAGGAUAGUUCCGACAACAGUGGAACACUGGGAGGUUCUACUUAAUGAACUGUCUUGUGACCGGACUUGUAUAGUAUAGCUGCUGUGAGGAAAGCCCCUAUCGUCUUUAUUCUACAAAAGGGCAACACAAUAUAUUCAUACUUUGAUUUUGCUUUUGCUAGAAGAUAAUAGUGGCACAAUAUCAAAAGAAUAGAUAUUUGAACUUGUUUUAGGUGCAAUUUUUCAGAUUUGUCCCUACACCAGAGAAAUGAUUACAUGCCUUAUAAUAUGAUGCGAUUAUUUAAGCAAGGCUUUUUGUAUUUUACAGGCAUCUAUUAUAAGAGGAAGCCAGGAGAAAGAACACAAUAUACAUGUGCCUUUUCAGUUAAACUUCUUGCAUGAAGUAAAUGUGGGAUAGCUGAAAUUUUGCAACUGAUUGCAGGUCUAACUUGUGCAAAUAAAAUUGAAGACUGAAAUGUUUCAGUCAAUUGCGCCCAGAAUUUCAGAGAUUCAAGAACCAGAGGUUUAUCAGGAUACAUCUGAAUAGUAAACUUGAUUUAAAAAGGUUACUUCUCAGCAAGCAAGUUUCCUUUCCCAAAUACUGAUGGUUAUAUGGAAAAUUGAGAUCCUAUCCCUCCUUCAUUUCAAGAGAAAUGGGUACAUAGAAAAUUGUGAUCCUUGCUCCAUGUUGAGUGAAAUUGACUUUGUAUGAUCAAAUGGGGAGAGAGGGGAGGUUGGAUUGCAAAUGUGCAAAUAAAAUGGAUCAAAUUUUGCAAAGUUGAUCAUUAUAUGCGCCUUAACAAAUCAUAAGUGUGACGCGUUGCGGUUUUCUUUGUUCAUUACGUAUUAAAGGUAUGAAACUGAAACUUUUAAAA